AUGGCGAGUUGUUCACUUGCUGGCCUCGCGAAGGAAUGGGAGGCAACCCCUGAGAUCCGCAACAGCUUGCGUGAGGGCAAGCCACUCAUCCACGAGGUCAGUGAGAAGCAGGUGGACAUCAAGCUGCCGAGCAAGUUCAGCGCGGUGAUCAAGCCCAUCCUUGUCAGGAUGGCAGCAGCUGACAAGAAGAUGCCCGGAGUGGACGCACUCCGAGCAGAGAUCCAGUCAGUGCUUGAUCUCACGAAGCGAUUGUCGAAUGAUGAAGGCGAGAUCGACAAGUAUACUUGGCUCAUCCGCAAGCAGCUCACCUUUAUCAAGGUGCCUUCGUUCCAAGACUUAAUCUUGACUUUGGACCCCGCCCUCCAGGAUGUGGUCGACGCUGUCAACGAGAACCGGGCAAGGCGGAUCGCUGCUUCCGCCGGCAGUGCCGGCAGUCAAGAGGCCACGGACGAGGAUGAAGAUGCUUACGACGAUGAUGACGACAUGGAUGGCCCACGUGAAGAGGGAGUUCAUGAAGAUGCCAAUGCAGGAGCUGGCGGAGCUGGCUGCGAUGAUCUUCAUGAAUUGAUGAAUGAUUUCCGCGGCCAUGCAGGUGCUUCUGUUGGGGAAGCUGAACAGCCAAGUGAGGAACCGAUUUUUCCCUCCUCUGCGAUCGUCAUUGCUGAUGAUGCUGAUGAUUUGGCUGAGCCAGCAGGGAGCAGCCAGGACAGUGGACGGGCUUUGGAAAUGGCUGCUACAGCUGCGGGGCCCAUCAGUGAUGAGGUCCCAGUCGCUGUUGUGGAUGGGGCCAAUGGAGGCCCCACGACGUUGGGAUCCGCCGCGGAAGCCGAAGCUUCCGGAUGCAGCGGGGAAGCCAAAGCUUCCGGAUGCAGCGCGGAAGCCAAAGCUUCCGAUGAGCAGGUGGUCGUGAAGCCAGGCAUAUCCGAGAGAGCCCAGAAGCUUGCACGAUUGGCUGAGUUGAAGCAACGCAUCGAGCAGCUGAAGGGAAAAAAGCAACAGUUGGGCACUGCUGGUUCCGUUUCAAGUGAAGGACCUUCCGAGGUUCCGGCGGGCAUCCCGAGCGUGCCUGCUUUUGUGGGACCUGUGCUUGAUGAUCAAGAUACCCUCCCCCACAACAUCUUGGAGGUCGAGACCCCGCCACCCUCUUCCGAGCCCCCCUCAAGCAGUCGCAAGGAGAGCGCCGAGGUCACUGCUGCUGAGCUUCGUGAGGACUAUCAGCAGAAGCAGUGCAAGACUAAGAAGAUGAAGCCGCUGCCGGGAUCCGCCAAGGGUGCCCGACUUCCUUACAACCCAUAUUCGCCAGAGGUCUCGGAUGAAUCUGCGAAAGGGUCUUCGGAUCCUUUCACCCCAGAUGAGAAGGUUACGAUGCCCGAUAUUGGCCGUAUGGAACAGUUGGCUGUGCGUGGCACGAAGAAGGCGGAGGAUAAGCGUGGGGCGAAGAAUCCUAAGAAGAACGGUGAUGCUGACAAGAAGAAGAACGCAAAGCCUGAGGGGGAGGAUAAGUAUGGAGGCUACACCGCCGAAGAGUGGGAGCAGUGGCUCGACUGGGAGGGCGAGGAGAUGGAUGAAGAUGGGGAUUGGGAUGGCGAUCAGUGGGCGCCGGCCGCCGAGCCCGAGAAGCCUGCGGCGCCAAAGAGAGCGAGCAAGAAGCGCAAAGCUGAGGCAUCGCUUGAGGAUGAUGUUGAGCCGGAGCCUUCCAAGAAGGCAGUGGCCAAAGCCAAAGCGAAGGCCAAAGCAUCCCCCAAGGCGAAAAGCAAGGCGAAAGCAAAAGCUUCCGCCAAGAAGGGUGCAAAGGCCUCCGCAAAGGCCCCCGAGCCCGAGCCGGAGGAGGAGGAUGGCGACGACGAUGACGAGCCGAAGGUCGUGACAUUCGCUCGACGGUACAGGGCAGGGUCAAGGAAAAUGGCCAUGGCCAGAUUCGAUGCCAUCCGCAACGCCUUCAUGACGAUCGUGCGCCCGAAGAUCAAGUCGAAUUGCCCAAGCUCGUUCGAGGAUCCCUUUUGGACCCACUGCGUGGCAGAGUUCAAGAACUGGAACAUCGACCUUGAUACGCUGGAGGCAGCAUGUGAGACUGCUGCGGAGAGCUUUGUCAAGAAGAUUGAGAAGGAGUUCGUUCUGUGCCUGCUGCUCCUCAUCUUCACGCGCGACGAAGAGGAGUUUCCUGAGGACAUGGAAUUUCUCGAAUUCUUCGCCGGGAGGGCAAACCUGACCUAUGCUUGCCGCCGGAAGAACUACAAGUGUGCAAAGUUCGACAUCCUUUACCAUGAUAAAGAUGUUAGCAUGCUUCUUUGUACUUCGGGGCUCACCGUCCGGCUUCGUGGCCCUAUUUGCACUGAAGUGCUCCUCAUUCUGUGGUAUGAACAGGGGCACAUCAAAGCGUUGCGAAUGCUCGGCUAUGGGUGCAUCGGCUACAACUGGGCCACGUUCCUCCUGGACCUGGAAGAAGCCCUGUGCUGGACAGAUGCAGAUCUGACAGCCGACUCCACCCUCGUCGAUCCAUACACCCCAUCGCGGGCCUCGGGCGCAGAGACUCUCGAGACGAUCCCAGCGACUACGGCUGAUCUCGAAGCUGCCGGGCGGCUUGGAGAUGCUGGUGUUGAUAGUGAUAUCGAAGUGGAUGACCUUCAGAUGCUCAAGUUCUUUGAGGGCUUGCCACGUGUGAAGAUGGAGCAAGAAGCCUUGAAGUCCCCGGAGCCCCACGCGUGCCGACCCGAUGCACCUGAUGAGGCCCCACUGCGGGGGUCAAACGUGAGGCCCAGGCUGCAGGGGCAGGACAGACUCUUGUUGGCUGCCCGUGCAAGAUUGGGUCGCUUCGUGGCCCCAAAGAAGAACCGAAAAGAACUCGAAGCACCAGCGUGGGUCAAAGAGCAUUGGAAGGGACACAAACAGGAAAUGAGUAUGCUCAUGAAAGACUGCAAUUUCGACAAGGAGUGCUUCUUGCAGAAGCUGGAGCGAAUCAUCACCAAGAAGGAGAAGCAGAAAAUCAAGCUGGAUGCUGGAUGGUACUCGGAAGCUGAAAUGAAGUCUGAAUUGAAAUGGGGCCCGACUCGGGUCACUGGUGCACUAAAGUACUGCCGUUCCCGGCCGGACACACACGUGCGGAAGAAUCAAUACGACCAGGUCGAAGAAUACUGGAUCACAAGCCGAGAGUCGGGAACUGUCGAAGAGUCACUCACGAAAGAGGAGAAGCAUUACGCAUCUGAGAAGGCCGACAAGCCUGUGGAUCUGGGUUCUGGAUUCGGCAGCGGCCUAGCUGCUAUGCAAGGCAGAAAGAUCAAGAGCACCCUGAAGAAGUUCGUGGACAGUAUUGUGCAGAAAACCAACAAGAUGAAGGGAUUGAUCAAGGAUCUUCGCGACAACUUCUCUGAGUCUGCCGAUGUGUCUAUCAAGGAUCUGAACGACCAGGUCCAGAAGAUGGAGUAUCACUAUGAGAAAUGCAAUGAAAUCCGAGUUCGUGGUGACUGUUUCGGGUUCAAUGAUGCGUUGUUCGUGGAGGCCGAAAAGCAGAUGAAGGAUGCCACCUUUGUGCGAUCUUCUGAGAUUGAGGGUCUACUUGGGUGCAGCAAGGCAAUGGCCUCGGACACGAAAAUCAGGAACGACAAGAAGUUCUACAGCAAGAGUUCUGAUGCGGGGCCGAAGCGAGCUGGAUGGCCAAAGAAAGUGUACGAGGAGGAAGGUGCCUUCGACAGGCUGCUCCGAUGUUGCAAGCGUGACAACGAUUUUAUGCUUCACGAGGGUCUAGUGGACAAGAGGACCAACAAGAAAUACUAUGCCAUUGUGCUGGCGGUGGUGGGGGACUGGCAAUGGCUGGUCAAAUCGGGCAAGCUUGGUCGCAACUACAACCACGUUUUGAAAAGCUCCACACCAGUCGGGGCACCUGAGGGAAUUUGUCAUCUUUGCCAGGCAGGACAGCGAGACUAUCCUUUCGAGACUUUUCAGACACGAAGCCCUACAUGGUUGGCCACCUUUUGUGCGCAAGACCCCUUUGUAGGGCAAUCACCCCUGGCAAGCUUGCCACACAUGCCUGGCCAAGCGGCAACGCUGUUCAAGUACGAUGUAUGGCACACAUGCCAUCUGGGAGUUUGCAAACCUUUGGCUGGGUCGGCAUUGGCUUUACUGAGCCUGCAAUAUCCCGGCAGAAGCAAAGAUGCGAAAAUGGAGAAGCUCUCUGACAACUUCAUGGAGUGGUGCAAGCGCAACGGACGCCAACCUUUGCUAACGAAAAUCACGAAAGACACGAUUUUAUGGGACAACAACACCAACUUCCCCAGCGCAAGUUGGUACAAGGGCUCUCUUUCCACUACCAUGUGCGAGUACAUCGAGGAUGUGACAAAAGACAAGCAGUUUGAUGACGUGCUUUUGAUGAAAUGCAGUGAGGCCGUGCAGGCCUUGAACAAGUUCAUCACUGGCCUCUACGAGGCUGACGUGUUUUUAUCCAGCAACCAGGCUUACACGUUGGGGGAAUAUGGGUUGCAGUUUUUGCGACGAUAUUCUUGGUGUGCAGGGGAAGCCGCUCGGCAAUCCAGGUGUCUCUUCAUCAUUUUGCCCAAAAUGCAUUGCCUACAGCAUAUAUGUUUACAGGACCUCGUGAUGGCCUCCCAGCGCUUUGAUCUUGUGGUAAAUCCGCUCGUACACAGCGUGCAGCUGUGUGAAGACUAUGUGGGGCGUAAUAGCAGGACGAGCCGCAGAAUCCACCCAUCUACCUGUACUGUGCGUGCUGUGCAACGUCACUUGCAGCUUGCUUUCGCGAAGUACGUCGAAGCCGGAUAUCUGGUGGAUGACAGCGCACAAAUCGAUUAG